AUGAAAAAUUUGCUCACUUCUUGGCUGGCCUACAAGGAUACCCUCUACACUAAUGGUCUUUCGGAUGAGUUGACUACGUUCACAAUCGCUCUCGUUUUCACUCUGUUUCUCGUGGCAGUUCUGCUUCCACCAAAACAGAUUCGGACGCUGGGUCUCCUUUGCCUGCCCUUUGUCUUGGCUAUCGCCACUACUUUCGUUUUUGUCCGGCGAUUUAAUGAACUCGCCUUUGACUAUCGCCCAUGGAGUUGGCGCUUUCUCCUUCUCAAGUUUUUCCCCAUUCCUAUGCUAUCCUUCCUUACCGUAUUCGCUUGCUUUCAUCUCUUGCCAGCCUUCUUCCACCGCCGUCAUUUGGAUGAUAGACACCGCUUUCGUCAAAGCGUUUUUCGUGGCUUUAUUGGCGCUUCUAUCAUGCUUCUUCCCGUUAUUCUAUACAUCUCUGUCGCUACUACAAUUGAUCACACCUAUAACAAGGAGUUAUCCACCGGAAUUGCAAAAAACAGCACGCCUGCCGUCUGCAACUACUUCUAUGCUCUAGGUGGUCGGAACAACUAUCUUAUCCACUCCGUUCUUCUGCGCUACUCCGACUGUCUUCAUUCUCAGUCUCUCGCAAAACUGCUCACCGAACUUCGCUUCUCCCUCCUGCCCGAGCUUCUGGCCCUUCUUCUCACUCUCUGCAUUUUCGCUGCUUUCUUGACCGAAGGCUUUUACUUCCGCUUGCAGGUGGCGCUAGAAGAGCAGUUAAUCCAACUCUCUAUGGAGCCCUUUACCUUUGUCACUGAUAACUGGAACCGUCUUGACGUACCCUCUAUCUUCCUCUGCUUCUGGCUCAUUAAACUCUUCCUUAUUGUCCUUCUCGGUGCAUCUUUCUGGCCUAUCGAUGCUAAGGUCAUUGAACUCCUCUCCCGUGCCACGGAUGAGUACGGUAUGCCCAUCAAACACUCCCUCAAUUUCACCUUUCUAAGUGCUUAUGCAAAUGAGGAAAACCUCAUCAAUUCAACUAGUCUUUCGUACCGUCUGUCCUCACGCUUUCUUACUGGCGCUCUGGCUAUCGGUGCAGAAACUUGGACUUCUGUCUACGGUGCUGCGGUGUGUGUGGGGCUUAUUUCGGGUUUUGUUGUCAACUUUCUUGCUUUUUGUGUCGAUCCUCUCGGUGCGAAUAUCGCUCAACUCAUCCAGACGGCGGAGGUAGCGCCUGUUGCAGCAAAUCCCUGGAUCCCUAUCGAGGAACAGCUCACUAGCAACGAUCAUAUUGAGGUGACUGCUGUGGAGUUGUUGCAAAACACUAGUUGGAGCUGUGUCAUCCUCUUCGUUUUCCUCGCCAUCCAGUACGACCUGCCUAAUCUCACCUCGCAUCAGCGUAUUUUCUGCUUCACUCACCUCCUUAUUGUCAUGGGUUUCACAUGUGUCUAUCCCGUGGAGUCUCUCGUCAAGGCUAUCCUGCUUCGUCUGGGUUUACCGGGCUUGGAUUCACCCUGGAUUGACCACCUCAUCCCAUUGCUUUUCUGUGCACUAAUGAUUGGUCUCUCUGGUUGCGUGUUUAUCCACUUCCCCGUCUGGCUUUCCUACCUUCCCUACACUGGUCGUGGGUACCAAUCAUUGGGUGGAAAAUCCUCUCUAACUGACGCAGCUGGUGGUGUUGGUGGUGGUGGCACCGUCUCCGCGUACACUGGCUACGCUCAACGUCUCCGCACCUACCUCUGUGGAGGUCAGCUUCUUCUGGACGUAACUUGCACCCUUUUCGAGUACGCGCUUCAUCAAGCCCAUCAUCGUUGGCCUCUGUGGACGAGAUUCUACAGUCUCCUCGCCGCUUCUCGGCUCUUCAAUAUCUUUGUCAACUACCUUAUCUCUCUGCUCUCAGUACUUGUGAUUCUCUGGCUUAUAUUCUACGAGUCCUUUGGAGUGUGUCGGGUUUUCAUCCUCAUAGUUCACGUCUUCUUUGUCCUUUAUCCGGCCACAUGUCGCGGCUUCUUUUGGCUGCGGACCCAGCUCUUCCUCAAAGACACGAUGGCGUCUAUUCCAGCCCCGACAUCGCAGCAAUUGGAUGCGUACGCAGAUUGGUGUGCGAUUUGCUAUGAGGCCAUGUCGGUGGGGAACGCCAAGCGGACGCUUUGUGGGCACAUGUUCCACAGCAAGUGUCUCAUGCAGUGGGUCCAGCGACGUCCCAUCUGCCCUAUGUGCAAUGCUGACAUUUUUGCCUCGUAG